CCUCCAAGACAUCAGCCAACAUGAUAUCUAGCCGAAUAGCCGCUUGGUACUUGGUCGGCAGUAUGUUCGCGGCCGUCAGCAUGGCGCAGCCAACUUACAUACUCGCGCCAACAGACACUGACAAUUCUUCUACUACGACGCUGACCAGCUCACUCCCCAACUUGAUCUCCCAUCCAAAUCUAUCUUUACCGCCAAGCUUCAACGCCGUCAGAAUCGCGCAUGCCGUCUUCGGAGCAUGCGCAUUCCUGUUGUUUUUCCCCCUGGGCGGGACCAUUAUGCUCAUAUCCCGACACCCUAAUGCAGUCUAUAUCCACGCUGCACUCCAGACGUUUGCAUACAUUAUAUUCACGGCGGCAGCCGGGAUGGGCAUAUGGAUGGCGAGAAAGGUCCACACGAUGAACGACUAUCACCCUAUCAUUGGCCUCGUCAUGCUAGCUUUCCUUACCAUACAACCACUCACCGGACUUGUGUCCCACAUCUUUCGUGUCCAGUCUCCGCGCGUCGCAUACCUCGCGAAAGCGCAUUUAUGGUUCGGCCGGAUCUUGAUCACAGUCGGUAUCAUCAACGGUGGCCUGGGAUUCCAGUUUGCUUCCACCUUUCCCGGUCGACAGUGGCCGACUGGGCCGAGGAUCGCAUAUGGUGCGAUUGCUACGCUCGUAUGGAUACUGUAUGUCAGUGUCAUCGCUGCUUGGAGUGAAUUGAAGAGGAACCCUACGCGGCCGCCAACACGGGACGAAACAGCUGGCCUCACGCAGAUGAGGCAGAGGAAUCCUGUUGACACGUCGAGACCGACGACUGGAGAUACCCAGGAGACGGUUGAAAGCAAUCCGAUUACUGAGACGGAGGCAGACGAAGCUACCAUUGAAGUUGUGCAGAGGAGCUGAAGCAGGAGGCCUCUUGACCAGGAGGCUGCUUUCAAGUAGUUUGGUUUUCUUCGAUUGCAGGGACUACCCCUUCUCCAUGUCGAUAGGCAUGGUGGCCUUUGCACC